AUGAUAUCAUUAAUUUCGGCUUUUAACGACAAAUUCAUUUCGGACAAGAAGAACAAUCAUCAUAAUAAUAAUCAUAUCAUCAUCAUCACUACUACGACCACCAUCACUACUAACACGACCGAAGAUUCUUCAACUGAUGUACCUGCUCGAAUACUCGAUCAUUUUCCUCCAUGGAUCAAUUUAUUCACUCUAUUCAUUGCUAGUUUCUUCUUUGUAUUGUGCUUGAUCCAAACCUAUUCUAGACGUAGCUUUUUCGUUCGGAAAACACAAUCAUCAAUACGCUCAAAGUUCCUCAACAAGAUGAUGAAACUCUUGUGUUGUUGUUUGUUUGAUUCCAAAUCUCAAAUUUUGUAUUGGACCAUUCCCUUACAGUUUUCUCUGCAAUACGUCAUGGCGUAUUUCCUUCGGACCAUUCAUACCUUCAUGUUGCAAUAUGCAUUCACACAAACGUAUGAGCCUACUUGUUUUCAUUAUUUGGAUGAAGCUUCUAAUAAGAGAAGAAGAUUAUGUGCCAUUUCAACCUUAAUGGAUCGAGGUACAGAGGCAUUAAUUAAGGCAACGUUUUUACUAUUGUUUCUGUAUUGGGUGGAAUUGACCUAUCAUUGCAUACAUUUCAGAGAUGCCAAGAAAUGUAAAGUAUUCGAAAGAAUUGGACGAAGAAUUUACUGGUCUCUAUUUGGAUUGUUUUACUUUGUAAUGAGUGUUGGAUUUUUGGCGUGUGUACUCACACACAGUAAUGUUUCCUACUUUUUCAAUGCUCUCAUGAUGAUUGUGGAUAUUAUUUUGCCAAUAUUGUUUUUAACAUUUGGAUUUCGAUUGAGGAAAAUCAUAACACAAAUUCGAAUUUCUCAUCCAGAAAUGAUUAUCAAAUUUCUUGCACGAAUUGGAUUAUUUUGCAAAAUUAUUGGAUUUUACUUUUUAAUUUUACCAUUCAACAGAGUGCUGAAUAUUGUACUGACAAAUUUUGUGUUUACUUCAGAUGGAUACAACAGUGUCACUACGUUUAUAAUAGUGGCCGAAUUUGUUUUGUUUUUGUGCCUUCCUUCUAUUGCUACUUUUAUCAUGGUCAUGCUGCCUUUGAGUGUGGGCUUGUUGAGCGACCUGUUGAAUUGUUUUAGAGGGAGAUGGUCCUUCAGGAAUUUUGAAAUAGUAACGCUCACAGAUGACACUGUCCAUGACCCUGCCAUGGAUGGCUUGUUUGAAAGCUCAAAAAUUUCUCCCUUCAAUACCGUGCAAGAGGUGAACGAAAGCUCAACUCCAUAUCAAAUGGCAAAUAGUGAAUAA